CGACAGUCUUCAUUUGAAUGUUUUACAGUACAGUAAACAUUUCACUAUUUACUAUUUUUUGAAUAAUUUAAAACAAAGAAAGUUUAAUAUAUCAUUUUAGAGAUUCAAUAUACAUUUUAGAAAAAAUAUAAUUAAAAAAAAACGGGAAAUAUUGAAAAAGUGCACAAUAAAAGUUUAAAAUUUUUUUUUAAAUUCUGUGAAUAGCAGUAAUUUAUUAUAAAAAAAAAAUUAAUCAUGGGUUUAAAGUAUAUUACUUAUGAGGGAGAGUUGAAAAAAAAUCCCGAACUAAAGGAAUCAGAUAUUCAAAUGUUACGCGAAUGGUGUGAAAAGCAACCUCAUUUACCAAAAGUCUCUGACACGGAUUUAGUACUUUUUCUACAUAGCAAUUAUUACAAGAUGGAAGCAACAAAGACAAAUAUUGAAACUUAUUUUACAUUAAGGACACAUUUACCGGAAUUUUUUACAAACAGGGAUUUAAAAAAAUCACCGGAAUUGUACACUGCACUGAAUGUUGCUUUUACUACACCUAUAGAAGGAAAAACUAAUGAAGGUUAUGGUGUUUUGUAUUGGAAAAUAGUCGACUAUGAUGUCUCAAAAUACGUUCAUGUACACACGAUGAAACUUCAUGUUAUGAUGUUUGAUUUAUGGUUACAAACUUAUGGAACAAUGAAAGGUCAUGUUUUAGUUGUUGAUACAAAGGGAAUUGGCGUUGGUCACGUGACUCGAACAAGUCCUAUAAUUUUUAAAAAAUUUCUUUGCUAUCUUCAAGAUGCAUUUCCAGUUCGUUUGAAGGCCAUACACUUUCUUAAUUCAAUGACUGCCGUCGAUAUGUUAUUUACAAUGUGCAAGCCAUUUAUGAGAAAGGAAUUGAUAGAAAUGUUACAUUUUCACACGACAAUGGAGACAUUUGAAAAAAUUUUCCCAUUGGAAAUAUUGCCAAACGAAUCGGGUGGUAAAGCUGGUCCAGUAGAAGAAUUUCGUCAGAAAAGUAUUAAGGAUUUGGAAGAAUUUCGCGAUUGGUUUGCACAGGAUGAAUUACAUGGACGUGUGAAUGAAUCUUUACGUGUUGGAAAAGCAAAAAAUGCUACUGAUCUCUUUGGAGCUGAAGGUAGCUUUAAAUCAUUAGCAAUUGAUUUGACUUUUAUAAAAAUUAUGACGGCGGAGGAGGAAUUUAAAAAAAAUCCAGAAUUAAAGGAAUCAGAUCUCGAAUUAUUGAGAGAAUGGUGCAAAAAACAACCACAUUUGCCAAAAAUUGCCGAUAUUGAUUUAAUACUGUUUUUGCAUAGUAAUUACUAUUUAUUAGAACCAACGAAAAAAACAAUUGACAAUUAUUAUACAAUGAGAACACAUGUACCGGAAUUUUUCACAAACAGAGAUUUUCAUUAUUGUGAAUCACUUCGUAAGCAACUAGAUAUAGCGGUAUAUAUGCCACUAAAAGGAUUAUCUAAAAAUGACUAUAAUAUAAUUUAUUCAAGAUUAAUUGACUUUGAACCAUCUCAUUUUGUGCAUUCUGAAACUGAAAAAGGUUACAAUAUGGUAUUGGAUAUGUGGCUCCGAACAGAGGGUACAGUCAAGGGGCACGUGAUUUUAAUAGACAUGCACGGGACACAAUUGGGACACGUCAGUCGAAUGAAUCCUUCAGUGGCAAAAAAAUCUCUACUUUAUCUUCAAGAUGCACUUCCAGUUCGACUUAAAGAAAUACAUGUCAUGAAUGCUUCGCCAAUUUUUGAUCUUAUGCUAACAAUUUGCAAGCCAUUUAUGAAAAAAGAACUUUUAGACAUGUUACAUAUUCACACUACAAAAGAAAGUUUAGAAAAUUUUAUUCCUUUGGAAAUACUGCCAAAUGAAGCUGGUGGAAAAGCGGGACCACUAUCAAAAUUUUAUGAGGAACGUAUGAAACUUUUGACAGAAUUUCGUGAUUGGUUUACGGUUGACGAGGCGAAUGGACGUGUCAACGAAAAUCUUCGUCCGGGAAAGUCAAAAAAUGCUGGAGAAAUUUUUGGCGUCGAAGGCAGUUUCAAAAAACUAGAUAUUGACUAAAAAAAAAAGUUAAAUAUUAUACAAAUUUUUACGUGCAUAUAUUUCUUUUGACAUUUUUUAUUAUUUUUUUAUUUAUUUAAUAAAAGAAUAUUUCCCACGAUUAAUAAGUCAUCGAAUAGUGACAAAUACAUAGUUAUUGAUAUUAUCUAAGUUGUAAUAAUAUUUAAAUAAACUGAAUAUUAAUAAUUGUUAAAUAAUAAUUUAUAAAAAAUUAACUUUUAAUUAUUUCAAUUAAAUAGAAUUUUUUUCAUCACACUAUUAUAUUACAAUUACUAAAUAUCUCACAUUAUUAUAUUUAAUAUUUUUGUAAAAUUAAUUUUUAAAUAUUACUAAUUUCACACAAUA